AUGUCUGGGACCAAACCGCCUCGUGAGGAGCUUCCGGACUCGGAUCCAGAGGACACAUCAGAGGAGCUGACUGAGGUGGUGUGUCUGGAGUCAGACCUGCAGGAUGGACAGAUGAUGGAGGUUGAAGUGGGACGCCACAGCGUGCUGUUGACACGCAGCGAGGGCAGAUACAGUGCUAUUGGUAACCAGUGUACGCACUAUGGAGCUCCUCUCAGUGAAGGAGUUAUUUCAGGCAACACAGUGCGCUGCCCGUGGCAUGGCGCCUGUUUCAACGUCCAGACAGGAGACCUGGAGGAGUACCCGGGCAUGGACUGUCUACCCUGCCACAAGGUCAAAAUUCAAAACAGCAAAGUGUAUGUGUCUGUAAGCAAAAAGACUCUCAAGCAGGAAAAAAGAGUAAAGAGUAUGGGAGCUGCAGUAGCAGGAGUUACUCACACUGUUCUGCUGCUGGGAGGAGGAGCGGCGUCGCUGAUCUGCGCCGAGACGCUGCGGCAGGAAGGCUUCGGCGGCAGAAUCCUCUUGGUCACAAGAGACGACCUGUUACCUUACGACAAAACACGACUCAGCAAGGUAAUGAAUGUGGAGAACGACAGCAUUCUGCUCAGGAGGAUGGAGUUCUUCCAUCAGCACGACAUCGAGGUGUGGCUCCGCAAAGAAGCCCUGUCAGUGGACACAGACAGGAAGACGGUCACGUUUGACGACGGUUCAGUUCAGCGCUAUGACCAGCUUCUCAUCUCGACAGGCUGCAGAGCGAAGGGUCUGGACGUCCCCGGCAUGAAGCUGGACAACGUCCGGAUGUUGGAGACUCCGGAGGACGCUCGGCAAAUCCACACAUCCUGUCUGGGCUGCAACGUCGUCCUCGUGGGAACCUCUUUUGUCGGUAUGGAAGUUGCAUCUUACUUGAUAGACAAAGCCUCCAGUGUCACAGUGAUCAGCAGCAGCGAGCUGCCGUACCAGAACACACUGGGUCGUGAAAUUGGAAAAGUCACCAUGAAGAUGCUGUCAGAAAAUAAUGUGAAAUUCUACAUGAAUGAUAACGUCACGGAGGUCAAAGGUGUGGAUGGCAAGGUGAAGGAGGUUGUGCUUAAAAGUGGGAAAGUUAUCCCUGCAGAUGUCUUGAUUGUUGGUAUUGGCAUCAAACCAAACUCUGAGUUUCUGCUCGACAGCAAAAUACCGAUGGACUCAAAACACUUUGUCACAGUCGACAAGUACAUGCGCACCAACAUCUCCAGUGUGUACUGUGGGGGCGACCUGGCCACCUUCCCCCUGGCGAUGGCUAAGAACCGGCUGGUCAACAUCGGACACUGGCAGAUGGCACAAGCGCAUGGGAGGAUAGCGGCUCUGAACAUGUUGGAUAAACCAACUGAACUCAGCUCAGUUCCUUAUUACUGGACCGUCCUACUGGGGAAAACCAUCCGAUAUGCAGGCUACGGGGAGGGAUACACUGACAUUGUAAUGAAAGGAGCGUUUGAGGACAGGAAGUUCUUGGCAUUGUACAUCAAGAAUGAUGAGGUCAUAGCGGCCGCGAGCCUGAACUACGACCCAGCCGUGUCUGCAGUGGCUGAGAGGUUCGUAGCAGGAAAGGUCAUCACGAAGAAAGAGGCAGAAUCAGAUGACCUGAGCUGGCUGCAGUUGUCCCAAUCUAGACGUUCCUCUAACCUUCUGCUCAACACGCCUUCUGUACAAUGUUGA